UAACACUGCUCCAGGAGUCGCAAAAAACGGCUUAUGUCUUCGCAAACCCGGGAGAAAAGGCCCUGCGUGACGUGCGUGAGGAUGCUCAGGCCCCGCCCCUUUGCUCGCCGCUCUUCAAGCUCCGCCCCUGUGGAGGAUAACGGUCCGCCCAGCCCCGCCUCUUCGGUCGCGCACGCGCCGUUCCCAGCAGACCCGGAAGCGGAAAGCGCCGAGCGGAGGUCCCUGCGCAGACUGGCUGGUAAAGACCUCGUUGCCCGGAGAGGAGGCGGUGGCAGGGAUGGACCUUUCUCAGGGGCUGCUCGUCUUUAAGGACGUGGCCGUCGAGUUCUCCGAGGAGGAGUGGGCGUGCCUGGAGCCUGCGCAGCGGGCCCUGUACGGGGAUGUGAUGCUGGAGACCUACAGGAACCUGCUUUUUCUGGCCAGAAGGUCUGUCUGCGAUCUGAAUAUCGUCUCCUUUGUGGAUCAAGGGAAGGAGCCCUGGGCUGUGGAGAGUGAAGUGAAGACAAUGAACAAGCCAGAUGUGUGGGGAAAUGAGGAAGGUGCGGGCCCAGCUGCCUUUCAAGAUAGCUCUGAUGCACGUGGGGUAAAGAAAUCACAAACCAAAGAGCACAGUAAUACAGCACAAGUAUUCCACACACGAAUGCUGGAAAGCUACAGAAGCAAUGAAGGCAAAGAUUUUUCCUUCCAGCAAAUCUGGGAAAACAUACACGACUUGCAGUAUCAGUGGCAAGAUGAUAAGAUGAAUUACAGAGGCCCCGUGACCCAUAAAGACACUGUGUUGUGUGGACACGGGCAGCGUGAGGGGAUGGGUGCAGAAAGUAUACCUACUGAGGAAGGACUUCGUGCCCGCUCUCAGGACACUCUGCAGAUGCUUCACCUUGAAGGAAACUUCUAUGAAUGUCAUCAGGCUGAGCCUAUCAGCAACUGUUCCUCGGGUUCACCAUUUCAGAGUAUUCCUCCUGCUGUCCAAACCAAUAUUUGUAAUAUAUUUGGGAGUGAUUUAACACAUCUUUCAAUACAGACACACGAUCAGAAUGCACAGGGGGAAAACCUUUACCGAGGAAACAAGUGUGGCAAAACUUCCCAGUCCUCCCACCUCAGUAGAGUGGGAACCCACCUGGAAGUGAAUCUGUAUGAAUACAGCAAGGCCUUUCGGAAAUGGACUAGCAUCAGGAUGCACCAAAGAGUGCAUGCUAGAGAGAAACCUUUUGCAUGUAAUGAGUGUGGCAAAGGCUUUACUAAGGCCUCACACCUCACUCGACAUCAGGUAAUCCACACAGGAGAGAAACCGUAUAAAUGUGACGAGUGUGGAAAGGUCUUCAGUCAGAAUUCAAGCCUAGCAAAGCACCAGAGAAUCCACACUGGAGAAAAACCUUACAGAUGUCCUGAGUGUGGCAAGACCUUUAGCCAAAACUCAGACCUUGAGUCUCAUCGGAGAAUUCACACUGGGGAAAAGCCGUACAAGUGUAAUGAGUGUGGCAAAGUCUUUAGUCGAAAUUCCCAGCUUGUGAAGCAUCGGAGAAUUCAUACUGGAGAGAAACUCUUCGAAUGUAACGAGUGUGGCAAAACCUUUAUUCGGGGCAUAGAACUCGGUACACAUCAGAUUAGCCACACAGGAGAGAAAGCGCAUAAAUGUCAUGUAUGUGGCCAGGUCUUCAGUGGGAAUUCAGACCUAACAAAUCAUCUAAGAAUUCAUGUUGGGGAGGAAUCUUAUAAAUGUAGCAAGUGUGACAAAGUAUUCUGUGAAAAUUCAUUCCUUGUAAGUCAUCAGAGAUCACACGCUGGAGAAAAACCGUACAAGUGUCACGACUGUGGCAAAGUCUACACUCAGAAUUUUAACCUCACGAUUCAUAGGAGAAUUCACACUGGAGAGGAGCCUUUCAAAUGUAAUGAUUGUGGCAAAGUGUUUAGGCGCAAUUCACUCCUUACAAAUCACCAGAGAAUCCACACAGGAGAGAAACCUUACAAGUGUAAUGAGUGCGACAAGGUCUUUAGUCAAAAUUCAAGCUUGGCAAAACAUCGGAGAAUUCAUAAUGGAGAGAAGCCAUAUAAAUGUAACGAAUGUGGCAAAGACUUUAGUCAAAAUUUCAACCUUGCAGUUCAUCGGAGAAUACACACCGGAGAGAAGCCCUUCAAGUGUACUGACUGUGGUAAAGUGUUUAGGUUAAAUGCAGUCCUCACAAAGCACAGGAGAAUUCACACAGGAGAGAAACCUUACAGAUGUGAUGAGUGUGGCAAGGUCUUUAGUCAAAAUUCAAGCCUGGCAAAGCAUUGGAGAACACAUGCUGCAGAGAAACCAUACGAAUAUAAUGUGGAUAAAAGUUUCACCCACAGAACAAAUCUGUUUGAAAAUCUGAAGAGUCACACUAGAGAGAAGCCGUGCAACUGGAAUCGGUGCAACAAAGGCUUUAGUUGAAACACAGGUCUCGCAAGUCGCCAGACAAACUUUUGGAGAGGAGGAAGCGUGUGGUAAAGCCUUUCCUUGGGUCUCCCAGUAAGAGCAUAUCAGGUAAUCCACAUGGAGAGAAGUCACAUCAGCAAUGUGUGGCAAGGUCUUCACCACAGUUCACACUGUGAGCCACUAGAGAGUUCCUAAUGGUGAGAAACCUCGCACAUGUAGUCAUGACUGUGAGGACUCGUGCAGUGUCUGUUCACAUCCAGGUAAACACCACAUGGUCACAUUGGCGAGAGACCUGAGAGACAAAUGUCCCCCCAGCCAUUGGCAGGUUAUUCUUUGUGAAGCAAUAUACAUGGGCAGAAACCGUGUAUAAAUAUGGCCAGAUCUGUAGCCAGUAGGAUGACCAGAGAGUUCAUUCUGAAGUGAAGCGUUUUUCUCCACGAGUGUGAUGUGACCUUUACUUAGGUUCACACUCCACCAGUGUUCGUAGCUCAUGGUGGAGAGAAGCCUCCGGCUAUUGGAUGACUUGAGGCUUAUAGUAUUAUGUGAAGCUCAAGGCUCACCUAACAGUUCAUACUUACAGAUGUGUCGGGGAUAGCAAAGAUUGCUCACUCUUCACUGAAUACAAGAAUGUGCACACAGGUAAUGUGGAUACUCUGUGUGGCAAAGCAUUUACGCAAAGAUCAAAGUUGGCACAUUCUGGACAGAGAUUUCACAGCUGCAGUGAGUGUGGCAAAGCCUUUACCUGAGUAUAAAUAUGCAGCAACUGGAUGUAUUGAAGAGUGACCUGUAAAUGAGGAGCUUUCCCCAGGACUCAGUGCAUGAGAUCGGGAUGUGGGAAUCUUUCAGGAAGAAACGCAGGAAAGUAAUGAACCUGCUAAUGCUUCUGCCCCAAGAUCAAGAUUGUGAAGGAUCUGAGGACUUAUAUUGGAAAGCAUCUUUACAAGGGUAACAGAUACCUGAAGAUUUAUUGAACAACUUUGUCUUUUGAGUAAUGAGAAUUGCGUGACGAGAAUUCUCAUAUUGGAUGGGAAAAUGCAUAUUACUGUUACAGGGCAGCCCAGAGUGACUUGGGCUGCCUGUCUGUGGGGCCUCACCCUCGUGCUUAAAA